AUGACGUUGGUGUUGGUGGUGUUGGUGGUGGUGGUGGUGGAGGAGAAGAAGAAGAAGAAGAAGAAGAAGGAGGAGGAGGAGGAGGAGGAGGAGGAGGAGGAGGAGGAGGAGGAGGAAGGACUCGACGAACGACUAGUAGACUACACAUUUGUUCUGUAAGCCUGCGUCGAUUCUAUGGACGCGACAAAAGUCCCUCUGCAUAACACCAGCGGAAGAUGGAAAGUGGAAGGCUCUUAGUUAGUCACGACCACAGGCUACAAAUUCGAAGCUUUUAGAAAACUUGCGUGAUGUUCGACAAAAAAAGUCUCCAAGCCUGAUACACCCGAACACGCAGCAGUGCAGUGAUCUUUGUGAGAUGUCUGCACCUCAUGUCUUAAAAAUCCAGAUGUGUAUUCAAAACAAGGCGUUUGGAGACCAAAAUUAUUGUCAGCGGCCUUUUCUUAAUUUGACUGUAAUUUCGUCCGGUCCUUGUGAGUGCUCAUGCGGCAUACAUCACGGGCGGAAUAUUUUCAUCAGAUUCGUCCGCCUGGGGGACUGUUUUUUAUCCGCUUCGAAAUGUGAGCCACCAUUGACUGACUAUUCUUUGCUUCUGUCUUCACAAACGCUUCCUGUCAGUCUGCAGACUACUUAAAUCUGGCCUCUAUUCAAAGUAGACGAUUUACUGAUGGCUUUAAACUGUGAAGCUCCCUGCUAACUGGCGAGUAGUAGCCGACCAACUCCAUAAAUAAUUGUAGUCCCCGUGCAUUCUUUUGCGUCAUCACAUUCCUGAACGCUUCAACUCUCCCUAGAUCUGGCAAGAGUCCCUCCUCGCUUACCGCAGAUGCCAUCUAGCAUAUUUCUCAUCGAAGGAACUCACUCUUUUCCGAUAGGGGAUAGGAGAUAGGCGAUAGGAGACCAAUCGGACCAAAACACUGCGCUCCUUGUGCCACCAUUACCUUUACCUGCGACUGUCUCUGACGAUGGGUCCGAGUGAGAAUCCGAAACGUCAGGCCAAUAAAUUUCUUGUUCCGGUGAUCGCAUCUUCUUCUUCUGAGAAGCCACCUUCGUUUUACCUGCCUGAAAUGGAGUAGCCCAUCUUCAGUAUGCUUUUUUAACGUUAUUAUCUGAAGGGCACUUUUAUAUUAAAGGAGCGCGGGUAAACGUGUUUCCAGUUUUUUUUAACAACAGACACAUAAAAGUCCCUUCGAAAUUUCAUAUUGCGUACACAUAUCGUAGACUCAUGACGUCAGCCGUGUGGUAGCCAUAAUUGCUCGUUUUUGAAAGCAGUUAGCUGUGCAUGAGAUUGGCAGUAGGCAACUCACCUCGAUCAUAAAAAGGAAUAAUGGGGCUCUGUUUUGCCCCCCAGACUCCUUUUUCUAAUCACAACGGGUCGCAAGGUGAUCUGGGCUCGAAUUUGUGAUUAAAUGGCCGGUAGGAAAUGAGCUUAAUUCUACCACGCGAUUGGGAUAUGGAUAGCUCUUUGCAUAUGUUUUGCUACGUGGUUCGAUCAUACACCUCCGCUUUAGCCAGGCUUGUACUGUUCUCCGCCUCUUAAUAUGGAUCCAUUUGAAGAACACUGUGCCUGCUAUCCUGGGACUUUAAUGUUUACUGGGCACAACCAGAUCGCUUGAAGUCCUGUGCCAAGCGUAUGAAGAAGAUGACAUGCUUUAAACAGCGUCUUUGUGGUGCUGAGGGUGUUUUAAAGAGGGCUGGUUUCAGCCCAUGAAGACAGAUAGCUGAAAUUGUUUUAAGUUUGAAAAGUAUUAAACCUCCCUUUCUUAAACCGACAUUCAGCAAGACAACGGCCCAAUGGCUAUCUCAAACAGUGGAUAAUGAUACCGUGCUUGUGUUUGUCUCGUAAACUCUCAUCGAAACUUACUUUUGUGUUCAAUGACACGCAAUUGCAGUGGGGCCGAAACUCGUGAAAAGUCUAUAUGCUCUGAUGGGAAAACUGGUCAACUAAGGCCGCGAAAACCGACUUACAUAAAAGAUGCUCUAAAGUAAAUUCCCGGGCGAUGAAGUGUUAACUUCCAGUUGAGCGUAUAUUCAGCUUAAUGUUCAAAUGUCACUUGCGGAGGCUGUGGUUUUUAACCUACUAUUAAUGCUCAUUUAAAACAAUGCAUAUUUUUUGUUAAACUAAUAUAUAACUACCCUCCCAUCCCAUGCGAUCAACCCCCAUGCCUCGUUGUAGCCAUGAACGCGGCAACUGUCAAAGUUGAUCUAAUCCCUUGGUAGAAUGUUGUGUACAAGUACUGGGAUAAUAAUACCGAUAGAACCAAUCCACAGUAAUGUUGCGGUCUUCAUUAAACCAUGAAUAGUUUAGGUAUUGGGCCUUGCCCGUAUAACUAUAUGUUCUCAUGAUUAAAUUGCAUGUAAAUCAACAGAUACAAAUCUAUACUGUGCACACUCCCAUCUGGCAAGUGAACAAAGUAAGCGUACUUUCAAAUAUAUCCUCUCCAGGGUGGACAUUCAGCUGAAUCAUUGCAGUCCGUCAAAAUUAAUAUGAUAUAUAGAUUGUCGAUAGCAUCACAUCUGAGAUCGAUAAUAGUUCGACUGUCCCAUACGACGGUGCCCACCGUGUGCUCCAUGGCAAAUUGAAGCAAGCACAGUGACUUGCGUGUGGAUUGAUUUAUAGUGAUAGUAGACUUGCGCAGCAUCUACCGCACUCUGUUCUCCUCCCCACCUGGACUCAAUGUCAAGAAAGAGUCAAGAAGGCUGGAGGCGGUGGAGAGGGCAGGUGGGCAGCGCGGCCGAACCUGGACCUUGGCGCUCCGAUCCACACCCCUGGUCCACAGAAAGUAUCUGACCAGGAUAUUGGCCAACGACAGCAACAACAACAACAACAGCAACAGAAAGGGCGUAGAUUACUGGGUGGUUAGACACACGACCUGUAUAGAAGAUGAAAAUGCGAUCACAGGAACAAGAAAUUUAUUGGCCUGACGUUUCGGAUUCUCACUCGAAUCCAUCAUCAGAGACAUUCGCAGAUAAAGGUGAUGAUGGCACCAGGAGUGCAGUAUUUAUAUCACAUGGCUGCCGUGGGACCGUAUGCGCACUGCAAUUAACAGUUCAAAACUGCAAUUAAUCAACAAACACAAUGACCUCCCGGUACCCUAUUCCGUACUGCGAUCUUUCCUGGGCAGGAGAAUCAGUCACGUGGGGAGGGCGAGCAAUCACCACGUUGACAGUGAGCCAGUUUGCCGAGCAAUCGUCACACCAGCAUCCAGCAGGGAUGGCGAAAUCGCGGCCAUUAACGGCUCGGACUCGGACCGACAAGCCGCCACCGCAUCAAUUACGACCCCAGCGGUGAUUGUGAGAGCUGUUAAUUUCAGUGCGCAUACGGUCCCACGGUAGCCAUGUGCUAUAAAUACUGCACUCCUGGUGUCACCAUCACCUUUAUCUGCGAAUAUCUCUGAUGACGGAUUAGAGUGAGAAUCCGAAACGUCAGGCAAAUAAAUGUACUGUUCCAGUGAUCGCAUCUUCAUCUUCUGAACUGCUACCUGGAGCUCGCCUGUUGGCUUCUAUCAACACGACCUGAAUACCCAGCGGGAGAGCAAGCACAUCUACUGCCAGAGAACCAGGUACCGGAGCAGUGUCGACACACACCAGGCUGCGAGAGUUGUGGUUUGCUGACCAUGGCAUAACACACGCUCACAAACCUUGGGGCCCAAGAGGUCGAUAACCCGAUGCUGAAAUCAACCAAACGAAAGAGGAUCACCUCCAUUUAAGCAGGGCGGUGGAUAAGCAUAUUUCCCAUUUGCAAGUCACAAUUAAUUCAUGUUUCCGUGCCUUUUGUGAUAAAUUACCUCCUGUUUGCACUCAGUGCUUACAGAAAUGUAUUGUUGAAUUUUUAAAAGAUUACGAUCAUGGUAAUUUAUGGGACGUUCGCAUGAUUCUCGGGGCAAUUCACUAUAGCCAGGGUUAUUAAUGCAGUUUUCAAAAUAUACAACGGGAUCACCGUCAGUUUAUGAAGAUUUUAUGAACACCAGAAUGUCUCUUCGGAGGGACACGAAGGGUCGUAUGUAUUGAUUUCAAUUAAAACACUGGACGUUUAUGUUGCUUCACGAUAUACUUGAAUUUGUCAUCUUGUACAACUUAUUUGCCCUACAUUUCCAUUCACCGAAUUCAAAGUCGAAGUGAUUUCUCGACGAAAGAGCAGACGAAGUUAUUAAGCAUCUAAUACUGACAGAUUUGCGAUACUCGCAGCCAAAAGCUCAGAACCAGGUCUCACCUUCUGCAGCGAGCAUUAUAAAUCAGUAUUUGCAUACUGCUGACUGCUGGUGGAAAUAUUGUGGACAUUUCUCUGUCAUUCCGCCUGCGCUGAUGAGUUUCAGCGCAGAAGGUGCAUACAUAGUAUGUACAUAAGAAAGCCCCCGACUAAGAGAAGGGAUGACUAUUUCUGUCUUAUUAGCUGUCGUCGGCCAGACUUAACGAAACCCAGUCUUGUUUCUGCGAGGCCUCAAACCUGCGUUUUUUGGCCAUCCGGCGUUAAUAAGUCCAACACUGCGAAUUUACGCACGAGUCUGUUGUCCUGCCGGUUGUAAUCGGGAAAAUGGAGUUUUGUUGGGAGUGCACUCCACGAUCGGGCUGGGAGAUAUCCGCGCCCCGUUUCGACUUGGCGCUCCAUCUUUAGACACCCAGCGACUAAUAAAGCAGUUUCUCGCAGGAGAUGUGAUAAAAUCUCUGCUUUCAUUAGGAAUGUGGAUGAAGGUGCAUCCAGGUAAGUUAUGAUCUUUAACGAGAAAAAAAUACUCGGCUAAAUGCCAGAAUGCCACGUUUGUUGAGCCUAUUGAGGUUACAUUAUGUCCUACUGUUCUCUCAAGCGGCAUUUUGGUAGUAUCUCGUUGUUCAAAGUGCUGUUAACAACUUCAGUUGAUGUUUCAUAGAUCGCGUAAACGGUUCGAUGCAUUUGGUGAUAAUAAUAAUAAGCGGAAUCCCCCAUGUGGCAGUUGUCCUCGGCAGCCCUUCAUGAUGUAAGACUUAGGUCCUGCGUAUCGGCUCACAUACAGUCAGGAAUACCACUGGCCAGAAGCCAGUGAGAGGGGUGUAUGCUGAGCGGCUAGUCGAAAAUUUGACGUCAUCAGGGGUUUUCUUCGAGGAUUUGUCGGCUAAACGCAUUUUAUAGACCAUCUUCGUCAACGUGUCGCAUCUUCACUUCAGUCCAGUUGGUGCUGACUGACAGAGAAGAGCAAGAAACCGCUGUAGUCUCGUUCUGGCCCCUGGUCACGUGGGCAUCCUACCAAACCACCGCAACCACCAUCACCAGCACCACUACCACUGCUGCUGCUGCUGCUGCUGCUGCUGCUGCUGCUGCUGCUGCUGCUACUACUACUACUACUACUACUACUACUACUACUACUACUACUACUACUACUACUACUACUACUACUACUACUACUACUACUACUACUACUACUACUACUACUACCAUCACCACCAUCACCACAUUGAAACUUGAAAGGGGUUAGUAUCUAAUGAAUUAGAAUUUUUGAAACGACCUCAAAUUAAGCAUUUUCCUACAAGCGCCACAAAGGUUUUGAGAGUGAACCGUCUCUUAAACUCAUAUUCGCACUUACGGUGAAGGAGAGCGGAGGAUGAAGGCAGUUAAAGCAAGGGUCACAAGUGGCUGAUAGUACCUUCCAAGGAAGAAGAGGAGGAGGAGGAGGAGGAGGAGGAGGAGGAGGAGGAGGAUUGCUAGUGGCCCACUUGCCGAGACCGCGAGAGGGUGGCCCAGCUUAUCAAGCUCCUUUCUUCCGCCACUGAGUCAUUUACCCAAUCUUGUCAGUGCAAUUCCGUUAAUGCAGCCUCAUUUAAAUAUAAUUUGACGCUGUGCCACAAAGGUUUUGAGAGUGAACCGUCUCUUAAACUCAUAUUCUCACUUACGGUGAAGGAGAGCGGAGGAUGACGGCAGUUAAAGCAAGGGUCACAAGUGGCUCAUAGUACCUUCCAAGGAAGAGGAGGAGGAGGAGGAGGAGGAGGAGGAGGAGGAGGAGGAGGAGGAUUGCUAG